UUGACACUAUUAUCCCACUAGCUUCAAAAUCAUCCCAGCUUUUCUGUUAAAACAAUUCUUUUUCUUUCUCCAUCUCCAUCUCUUCAUCUCUUGUGACCAACUGGGAGCAGAAAGAAACGUCUCUGUUCAAACAUGGAGAUUGAAGAUUAAUUGCAUCCCUCACCGUUCUUCUUACACCAAACUCGUUUCUGUUAUUAAUUCCCUCUCUUUUGUGAGAGCAUUAAAACUCUCAUAAAUAAAGUAGAACAAAAAAAUAUCAUUCAUUCCUUUGCUUCCUUCUCACUGUUACUUUCUUCUUCUUGCGUUUUAAGUCAUCUCUCUCCUUCUACCACUUCGAUUUUUUUUCUCUCUCAGCUCUAAACCUGGAGCUUGAUAUUACCCAUCAAACUUCAUCUUCCUCGUGAUCAUCGAGGAAGCUGUUCUCUUCUAUGGAAUGGAGAUUCUGAUGUUCCUCGUACGAAUCUAUCUUGUUUCGUCUGUUUUAGUUGCUGCUUCUUCCUCAGGAUUGGACUUGUUGUCUCCAUCAUCAUCACCACCGCCUCCGUUACCUGAAACUUCAAAAGGGUUUGGUGAAGUACCGAUUAGUUCACCGGAAUCUCACAAACCCGGCAAUGCGCCACCGCCUAAAGCCUCGCUACCAUCUAGUCCACCUUUAGCUGACGUGGCAGCUCCUCCACCGUCAUAUUCUUCCGGAACUAAAGCACCGAACCGGGAACCUAUUGUCUCGGUCCCUUCUGCUCCAGGCCCUGUUUCAUCCCCUGUUUCAGAUAUACCUCCAUUUCCAUCGGUGGCUCUGCCUCAGCCUACUCCAAGCAUUGUGCCUCCUAGAAAUGCUUCUAACAAAAAGCCUGUUGCUCCUGUUGCAUCUCCGCCAACCAUAUCAGUUGACAUUUCACCGCCAGUCAUACCAAAGUUACCACACUCUAGAUCACCUGUACCCACCUCUAGUCCAACAAGAACCUCACCGACUACACUCCCCGCUUUCCCCAUUGAAUCUCCUGCCGGUGAUAACAGAAGUCAUGUUGCUGCACCAUCCAAUGAAACUGCUAAACCCUUACCUACCUUACCACAUAAAGAUUCUCCUACUUCGACUGCCCCCUCACCCCCAAAAUUCAAUGGACACUCUCAUCACACAUCAUCAUCUCCUCCUUUGAAUCAUCUACAUCACCAAGAGCCAAAGAAGAUCAAAGAUAGUCCACCUCCACCACCACCAAAGAUGUCAAACCGUCCAAUCUCUUCCUCAAUGCACCCCAUCUCCAUAGCUCCAUCACCUUCUCCCACCCAAGCUUUCCCUCUCAGGUCCUCUUCAAAACCUCGAAAACUCCCACCUCUUCAAGCACUCCCUCCUCCUCCCCCUAACUCAGAUUGUUCAUCAACCGUCUGCUUAGACCCCUACACAAACACACCUCCAGGAUCUCCCUGCGGCUGCGUCUGGCCCAUUCAGGUCGAGCUUCGUCUCACCAUGCCCCUCUACGACUUCUUCCCAAUGGUCUCAGAGUUCGCUCGAGAGAUAAGUGCUGGAGUUUUCAUGAAACAAAGCCAAGUCCGUAUAAUGGGAGCCAACGCUGCCACUGAACAGCCUGACAAAACCAUUCUUCUCAUCGAUUUAGUCCCGCUUGGAGACAAGUUCGAUAACAUGACAGCAAUGCUCACUUACCAGAGAUUCUAUAGGAAGAAAGUGUACAUAGACGCAACAACCUUCGGCCAAUACGAGGUCGUUUACGUGCGUUAUCCUGGCUUACCGGUGUCUCCCCCUUCCGGCGGCAUGACUGUUAUAGAUCAUGAACCCUUCUCUCGUAAUAAUAACAACAACGGGAUGGUGAAGAAACCUUUCGGAGUUGAUGUUCCAAAGAAGAUGCGGAGGAAAGAGAUCAAUGGUGGAAGCAUUGCUGUCAUUGUUUUGUCGGCUGCUGCUUUUAUCGGUUUGUGUUUCGUCGUUGUUUGGUUCUUGGCUUUCCGGCGAGGGAGAGCUCGGCGGCGGCUUUCUACAAGAGCAUCACUACCUUCUCUCACCAAACCUCCAGGUUCUGUGAGAUCUUUAACCGGAAGCCGGUUUAGCUCUACUUCACUGUCCUUUGAGUCAAGCAUUGCUCCGUUGACUCUCUCUGCCAAGACGUUCACCGCAAGCGAGAUAGUGAAAGCUACUAGUAACUUUGCGGAGUCGAGGGUUCUUGGUGAAGGCGGGUUUGGGAAGGUGUAUGAAGGUCUUUUUGAUGAUGGAACUAAAGUAGCGGUUAAGGUGCUGAAGAGAGAUGACCAGCAAGGUGGGAGAGAGUUCUUGGCUGAAGUUGAAAUGCUUAGCCGUCUUCAUCACAGAAACUUGGUGAAUUUGAUUGGUAUCUGUAUUGAAGAUCGUAACCGUUCCUUGGUUUACGAACUUAUACCUAAUGGCAGCGUUGAAUCUCACCUCCACGGGGUUGAUAAAGAGUCUUUGCCUUUAGAUUGGGAAGCUCGGUUGAAGAUAGCUCUUGGUGCGGCUCGUGGAUUAGCUUAUUUACAUGAAGACUCGAACCCUCGAGUUAUACACAGAGACUUCAAGUCAAGUAACAUCUUGCUUGAACAGGACUUCACACCUAAAGUCUCUGACUUUGGUCUAGCUCGAAAUGCCCUUGAUGAUGAAGAUAACAGACAUAUAUCCACACGCGUAAUGGGAACUUUCGGGUAUGUGGCGCCAGAAUACGCAAUGACAGGGCAUCUAUUAGUGAAGAGCGAUGUGUACAGCUACGGAGUUGUGCUUCUGGAGCUACUCACGGGGCGGAAACCAGUGGAUAUGUCACAACCACCAGGUCAAGAGAACUUAGUUUCGUGGACUCGGUCUUUUCUCACGAGCAGAGAAGGGCUUGAAGCUAUUAUAGACCAGUCUUUAGGACAACCCGAGAUCCCAUUCGAUAGCAUAGCUAAAGUAGCUGCUAUAGCUUCGAUGUGCGUUCAACCGGAAGUAUCUCACCGUCCUUUCAUGGGAGAAGUAGUGCAAGCUUUGAAACUUGUAUGCAAUGAAUGCGAUGAAGCUAAGGAACUUAACUCUGUAACUUCACUUACUCACGAUGAUCUGGGAGAUGAUAAUGGAGCUGAGAGCUCUUGUGGUGGAGAGGGGUCUCGGAGGAUGGUUCGGUAUCCGUUGCUACCGAGUUAUGACUCUGAGCCUGGCACGGAGAGAGGACUUUCUGUGUCGGAAAUGUUCACUGGUUCGGGGAGGUUAGAGAGAGUGUCUAACUCUGGUCCUUUGGCCUCGGGUGGAGGCAAGAGGUUCUGGCAAAAGAUGAGGAGAUUGUCCACGGGGAGUUUGAGUGAGCACGGGUCAUCAUCACUCAUGGUACGGUCUGGUUCGCGGUGAAGGAUCUUGGGCUGGUUACAGAACAUUGGAGUUUUUGAUUGUCCCUUUUAAGUUAAGAAAGGUGUCUUGUAUUACAAGCAACUAUUCUUAACCUUAUGGAACCCGGUCAAGAGAGAUCAGUCCCGGUCCAAUAGUUAGUUGAAAAGAUGUAUUUGUAUCUUUAGAAGGAACAAGAGAUCAUGUGUUUAUCUGAUUUGAAUGUACAUAUCACGUUUAAGUCAAAAGGCAUCACACCUUUCUCUA